AUGUCGCCGAAAACUCCACCUAUUCAAACUCCUACAACGAGUACGCAAAAGUCUGAAAUAGGACAAAAGCAAAUUGUUAGGCCUGUAUCAAAAAUAGGUGGAAAAGAGUUGAAUAGCUCUUGUUACAGAUUAUCAAGACCUCCACAAAAAUUUACACAGAUUAAAGCCAUUCAACAAGACAAGCAAGAACCAUGGGCUGCAUCAUACUUCCAAAAACACCCAGAAGAAUUAAAGAAAACUGAACCUAAUGUUAAACUCGAAAAAAUUAACGAAUUAUUAAAUGGAAAUCAAAAUCUUUCAUACGAAACAAAACAAAAAUUACUUAUACGUAAAAAGACUCUCACUUAUAUUAAAUUUGGAGAAAAUUCUUACGAAGCAAUCGAAGCUCAUCACGAUAUUGGUCUCUUUUAUCAAGAUACCAUGCAUAACUCUUCUGCAAUUCGCCAUUAUGAGAAAGCACAGUCAAUUAUCGAUACUUCUUUCAAAAAAACGGAUAAUAGUCAAAACGCUACAGAGCUAAAUAGCUCGCAAGUGAACAACGAAAAUGGUGAGAAUGGUGAUGAACAACAAGAACCAGAAAAUAAGGAAUUAUUAUUCAAUAAAAUCAAUUUAUAUUGCGGCGAAUGCUAUUACCAGCAAGCCAAAUCAUACCCAGAAGACGACGAUAAGAAGAAGCGUCAAGCUAGAGCCGAUAUGAAGAAAUCCUGGAACAAUGUCGCAAAAGUUGAUAAUGAACAGUUCUUAGGCAGCGCAGACCUCGAAUAUCGUACGGAAAUACUCAAAGCUCAUAUCGAGCGCUAUAACAAGAAGUACUCUGAUGCUGAUAUUUACUAUAAUUCCGCUUGUGAAUAUCUUUCUGACGAAAACGACCACGACCAGCAAUUUCUUAAGGCCACAACAUAUGUUGAGAAGGCAGAGUGUGGCGAGGAGUAUGCAGCUACAUUAGAUACCUUUGAAAAAAGAGAAAUCAUGAGAAAUGUCGGCCAAGACUACAAAAGAGCUUACGACAUCUUCAUGGCCAUUGGCGAGGAAGAGGAAGCAAACAGAAUCAAGGACAAACUCCCAACAGAAGAGGACGAAGAACCAGUACAAGACCCAAUGAUGAUGAUUACCACAGAUGAUCCAUCGAAAUUCGUCACAAACGAUGCAGAAGUCGCUGAGAAAGAGUUUAAACAAGAAAGCGAGGGCGAGAAAGAAUCAUCCAGAAGCAAAGAUUCAAAAGAUUCGAAAGAUUCAGAGAAGAAAUCGAAGAAAGACAAAAAAGAAAAGAAAGAUAAAAAGGACAAGAAAGACAAGAAGGAUAAAAAGGACAAGAAGGAUAAGAAAGACAAGAAAGACAAAAAGGAUAAGAAAGAUAAGAAGAAGGAUAAGAAAUCAGAUGAAGAAAAAUCAGAAAAAGAAGAAAAAUCUGAUGAUGAUUUCGAAAAAUCUGAUAAAGAAGAAAAAGAAAAAUCAGAAGACGAGAAGUCAAUGAAAUCAGAGAAAGAAGAUGAUGAAAAGUCAGAAAAAGAAGAAAAAGAAAAAUCAGAAGAUGAAAAAUCUGAAAAAUUUGAUGAAGAAAAAUCUGAAAAAUCCGAAGAUGAAAAAUUUGAAAAAUCUGAUGAAGAAAAGUCUGAGAAAGAAGAAAAAGAUGAUGAGAAACAUGAAGAAGAGGAAGAAAAGACAAAGCCAAAUCAGUUGUUCCUUGGAGGAAUUCGUCCAUUCAUUGGUACAGAUGAAGACAAAGAAAAAGAAGAAAAACAAAAAUCUGAAGAAAAUUCCGAUAAUUUCGAUGACGAAGAUGAUGAUGAAAAGAAGUCAGAAGAAAAGAAUAUUGACUCAGAAGAAAAUGAAAAGAAGAGGGACGAAUCAGAUUUCGAUAAAUCUGAAGAAAAGAAAUCCGAUGAAAAUGAUGAUGAAAACUUCGAAAAAUCAGAAGAAAACUUUGAAAAAUCUGAUGAUAAUUUUGAAAAAUCUGAUAAUUUUGAAGAUGAUGAAGAGAAGAAAUCUGACAACUUUGAAGAUGAGAACUCGAAUCAUGAUGUUGAUAAGAGUGAAAAUGAAGAAAAGCCAAAGGAUGAUGAUGACGAUGAUUUCACAUUUGAUGAUGAUUUUAAUUAA